CAACUUGGACACAAAGCGGUCGCUUUGAAUACGCUCGCUACGGUAUAACGCAAAAGCAAGGCACUAGCGGUGAACUGCUAUGCAAAUGCCAUCGAGGGUGGCGCAAUUGGAUUAGUGAAUUUGUGAAAAACGAUUGGAACGCAUAAAAACGACACAAAAAUAAAUGUUAAAAUUCGUUGUAGCGCGCAGAGUGCAAUGUGGAGAAUAAAUAUUUAAAAUAAACACGAAAAUAAAAGAUUUAAAAAAAAUAAAUAAGAAGUAAUCGUAAAGCGGUGAAUGAUUUUGUGUCGGACUUUCAAUGUCAAACCAUUAAAAGAGACCACAGCGAAGUUGCGCGCGUGUUUGAAUAGCGUUUGGCGCUUGCGGGCGGAUAUCAAAUACUAUAUAUAUGUAUGCAUAUAUGGUAUAACUGAUUAUCUUUUGUUUUGACUUUGUAAACGCCGAUAUACAUACAUACAUAUAUAAAUAAUUAAUUUAUCAGCAUUGAUGCAGUUCAGUUGUAAUGAAUUCAUAGCACAACAUAAAAAAAUUCAAAUUAUUUAAAACCAAAACAAAUAAUAGUGACAAAAAACUUUAAAUAAACUACAAUUACAUAACCUCAGUGUGCCACUUUUGCAGAAUAGAUAUAACAUCAGUGCGAUCAAUUCGAAUCACUUGCUCAAAUGAAAUGAAACCACCAAAACGACACACAGCAUACAUAAAUACAAGUUAAACAGUUUGUCGUAAAGCAGUAGAGCAGGGAGCAAACGCGCAAAUGCAUCACCAAUAAAUUUUUAUAUUCGAAGCGAAAUAGUGAAGAAACAAAGGAAGUUAGACUAAAAAUAUUUGAAAAUAAGGGAAAUUCUUUCGAGAUUAAAAAAAUGCAUUGCCAACGAAGUCUAAUGCUCAUGGCAUUAGUCACACUAUGUCUCAGCGGAGCGCUUUGGAGCUGCGUCAAUGCUUAUCAGGUGGGAGUGGGACGUGCCGAUUCUACGGGACCACCAGUAGAAAUACAUUUCAUGGGUUACGCCAAUCUCAAACAGGUGGGACGCGGUCUGCAUCUACGCCAAUUUGCACGCGCCUUUGUUGUCGAGGAUGAUAAUCACAAGCGCGUCGCUUUCGUCUCUGUGGAUGCGGGUAUGAUGGGUUACGGCGUCAAGCGCGAGGUGGUAAAGCGCCUACAAGCGCGCUAUGGCGACAUCUAUACGGCGGAUAAUGUGAUUAUCAGCGGCACGCAUACCCACGGUGGCCCCGGUGGUUUUCUUAUGCAUUUGCUGUAUGACAUUUCGAUUUUGGGCUUCGUGCCGCAGACUUUCGAGGCGCUUGUGCAGGGUUGCUACUUGAGUAUCAAACGCGCCACCGACAAUAUGGUCGAUGGUAGAAUUUUCCUCUCAAGAACCAUCAUACUAAAUGUGAACAUCAAUCGCUCACCAACCUCGUAUUUACGUAAUCCCGUGGAGGAACGCGCACAAUAUGAGCACGAUGUGGAUAAAGUAUUGACGCAAUUACGUUUCGUCGACACAGAGAAUAAUUUGUUGGGUGCCUUCAAUUGGUAUGCGGUACAUCCGACAUCAAUGAAUAAUACUAACAAAUUGGUGACCUCUGAUAAUAUGGGUUAUGCUGCGCUGCUUUUGGAGAAGGAAUACAAUACGAAUAAAGUGCCGGGAAAAGGCAAAUUUGUGGGUGCUUUCUGUUCGUCGAAUUUGGGUGAUGUCUCACCCAAUAUUAUGGGUCCAAAGUGUUCGAUAAGUGGUAAUGAAUGUGAUCUACUUACUUCAAAAUGUCCACCAAAAGAAGGCGAAUGUUUUGCGUCUGGUCCUGGACGCGAUAUGUUUGAGAGCACUGAAAUCAUUGCUAGUCGCUUAGCUGACGGUGCUUUGCGUUUGUUAAACGAAAACAGUCAAGAAUCGACAAGCCGCGAAAUAGUCGGCGAGUUGUCCUACAUACAUCAAUUUGUUGAUAUGCCCAACUACAAUGGCACCACAUAUAAUCCGCUACAAAGAAAACUGGACAAGAUACGAGGUUGUCUACCGGCGAUGGGUUACAGUUUUGCUGCGGGCACCACAGAUGGACCCGGUGCCUUUAACUUCGAACAAGGCACCAUUACUGGCAAUGCAAUGUGGAAUGCGGUGCGCGAUUUCAUAGUACCACCAACACAAGAAGACAUUAGCUGUCAUUCGCCGAAGCCCAUAUUACUGGCAACUGGAAGGGCAACAUUCCCCUAUGAGUGGCAACCGAAGAUUGUUUCUACACAGCUGCUGAAGAUUGGCGAUCUGAUACUCGCCGGUGUGCCUGGCGAACUGACUACUAUGGCUGGACGCCGUCUGCGUAAUAAAAUUAGCGCUGUGGCUGUAGCAACCGGUGGCAAGGAUACAGAAGUCAUUAUUGCUGGUUUAUCGAACAUUUAUACCAGUUACAUCACAACACCGGAGGAAUAUCAAGCACAAAGAUAUGAGGCAGCAUCGACAAUUUUUGGUCCCAAUACGCAUACAAUCUAUAUGGAUGUCUUCGAGCAGUUGACCAAAGCAAUGAUACGUGGCGAGCGUCUAUCUCCAGGACCUGCGCCACCGUACAUGAAUGAUCGUAUGCUCUCGAUGAACACUGGCGUCAUUUUCGAUGGUCAUCCGAUCGGCAAGGACUUUGGUUUCGUUAAGCUCCAACCGAAAAAGUCGUAUCAAAUCAAUGAGACGGUAGUGGCUACCUUUAUUGCUGGUAAUCCGCGUAAUAAUCUAUUUCAUGAGAAGACAUACUUCGCCGUUGAGCGUAAGAUCAACGAAGAGCGUUGGAAGGUCGCCUACACCGAUGCGAGCUGGGAAACAAAAUUCAUUUGGGAGCGCGUUCAUUUGAUACUUGGCUUCAGCGACAUACACAUUCACUGGACCAUCGGAACCAACACUCUGCCCGGUGAAUACCGCAUACGGCAUUUCGGCAAUUACAAAUACAUUUUAGGUGGCAUUUUCCCAUACGAAGGCAUUUCCAACUCAUUCUUGGUGACGGAAGACUAAUCGCUGCUUCACACGUUUGCACACGUAGACGUUGAAGACGAUUGGAUUACUAGUCAGAGACUGCGCUCAUCAGGUGUUACUGCUUCUCAACUACAUACAUAUAUAGUACAUAUUAUAUGUAAAGCAUAUAUAAAUUUUUGAUAACAAGUUGUAUGUACUUGUAGUAAAUAUGUACGAUGUGUGUGGUAAAGUGCCAUACAAAUAAUACAUACAUACAUAUUUAUUUGUUUAUUAUAGUUAGUUGUGUGUAUAUAUAAUAUAUAUAAUGGAAAAUGUAGGAAUAAAUGUAUAAACGACUGUUGUACCAAUAAUUCAUGUUGAGAAUGUGGCAAUA